AGUUGCGUGAAGGUUAAUACGGGUGUAGCAUAAUUCCUUACAUUGGAAAUAUUAGAUGAAGACGACUUCCUCUCUAUUCGUCAUCGACGUGGAAGUGCUUGAUUCUUCGCUAUUACUGAAUUCAGUCGAAUGAGCGUGGAAUCGAAUAUGAGCAGUGAAACGGAAUUAACAACGCAAGAAUCAAGAUCACGAAAGACAAUAUGCAUGUUGCUUUGUACUCCUUUUAUAAUAUUCACUGUUUGUAUUGCUGCUUGGAGACCCAUUUUAAUUCCGUAUUCAUACAAAUUCGUGAAGAUCGUCUCUUUACAUAUUAUUAAUGAUAAAGACAGAUUUUCGGACAACGAACUGCUGCUUGCUCGAAAGGAAUGGAGAUUGUAUCAACUGGAGAGACAAUUCGGUAAACAGUGGUGCAACAAGAAUGAAUUUGGGCCACGAAAAGAUGUAGCGUGGUUAACUGUUAUGGUCAAUGAUGACUUUGUCGUUCCCGCUUUGGUUCUUGGUCACUCAGUUCAAACAUUUUCUUGUCACAAGAAUAUGAUUGCGCUUAUAUCAGAAAAUGUGAGUGAGGAUACACAAAACGCGCUUCGGAACGUCGGCUGGGAAACUCGUUUGGUCGAAGAAAUGGAUUGCAAUUGGAUGGAUGCUAAAGUUGGUGGAGAUCGAAAUAGCGGACUUUUUGGAAGACCCCUAGGACACAGAAUUAAGGGAACACACACAAGAUUUCACGCGUGGAACUACAUAGAGUUCUCCAAAAUGAUUUAUGUUGAUGCUGAUUACAUGCUAAUGUCUAACAUAGAUGAACUUUUUGACAUCCCGGAACACUUCGCAGCCGCGCCUUGCUCCCGACCUGGUGUUUUGGAUCCUUGUUUCAAUGCAGGGCUUCUUGUGUUCAAGCCAGAUUUGAAAACCUACCAAGAAAUCAUGAAACACUGGCGGGAGACAACAGAAAAAGACACCUGCCCAACGGACCAAGAAUUGCUGAAUGAGUUUUAUGCAGACAGUGGCUGGAAAGAACUUCCGUAUGCGUACAACAUCAGGCGGAUAAUCUUUCGGCCCAUGAUGUCAUUCCACUAUGCCUGCUGCCGACCUCCGAAGCCAUGGACGUCAGAAUGUCGUCCAAGUAGAAAGGAGGCGAGUAAGUUUGACGGUCCCAUUAUAACUGUUGAUGAUAUGGCGUUAGUUUUCUGGAAGAAUUUCUAUGAACUUCUUGCGCAUUAUGACUUGGAGGAUUGGUGGAGAUCUACAAACUUUUCCAGGCCAACGCAAGAGUUUAGAAGUGAUUCAAAUUCUUCUUGCUGGAGGAUUUAUAGUUGAAUGACAACGCGUGGUGGCGGGGCGCUUGGGUCACUCCGCCCCAAGCGGCUCUGAGGGAGACUACCUUAUCGGUACGUAAUUUCGCGUUUUUCGCGAUUGUAAAAGAAUUAGCGAAACUAAAGACCCGCGAAUAUAAAUCCUCGUGAAAUGUAAUACCCAUUUGGGAAAUUCAUUGUAACAGGGUUUCGUAGUAAAGAACUGUUUUGGCGGUGUAUUUCCCAAAGGCAUGUUGUUUCACUUCUACUAUGACUUCAACCAUCACAUGUGUAGGGCCACUAGGGAGGGAGAAUACUUGUUUAGAAUUUUUAAGAUCCU